GCGAAACAACAAUUAAAGCCGACGCGAAUAACGCGUCUUGACUGGGACAAAAAAAACAAACCCCCCUGAAAGAAGCAAACAGUCAGUACCAAGCUAUCAGUUGUCCAUUUGAGCAGUGUGCUUUUUGUGAACCCUCUUCUUUGGCCCGAGAACGCAAGCCCAUCUCAGAAACCUCUGGUUUCGCCUUGUGUUAUUUUUAUUCUAUUUGUUCUUUGUUUACUUAGGGUUUGUCUUGUUUCUAUCUUGAAGUUGAGAUCCGCUACCUUUCACACAAGCACCCAACUUGGCAAGGUAUUCAAAGAGAUACGGGUCGUAAUUGGCCGAGGUACCUACCUCGCAGUGCAACGAAACGGACCUACGAAGUACAGCAAUUGAAUCAUAAUAGUAUACUGGAGUCGGCGCUGUCCAUCUCUGACCACCGCCCACUUUGAAAUAAUAACACCAUGCAGUCAUCUCAGCUGGACCCCUUGCCCAAGGAUUUACCAUUCCGGUUCAUAUCCAAAACAAUCGGUCGUGGGGCUUAUGCCUCGAUAAAAAAGGCCAUUCCAUUGGAAGAGUCUAGCCCAGUGUUUGCUGUCAAGCUUAUUCAUAAGGGUUACGCCAUCAAACAUGGCAGAAUAUCAGCCAAGCAGAUCAACAUGGAGGUUUCACUUCAUUCACAUAUUGGCCAGCAUCCCAAUAUCAUCGAGUGGUUCGCCGCGGGAGAGGACGCUGUCUGGAAAUGGAUAGCCAUGGAGUACGCCGCGGGAGGCGAUCUCUUUGACAAAAUAGAAGCCGAUGUUGGUGUGCCUGAAAAAAUCGCACAUUUGUACUUCCUGCAACUGGUCGGGAGUGUCAGCUUCAUGCACUCCAAAGGCGUGGCACAUCGAGACUUGAAGCCGGAGAAUAUUCUCCUGUCGGAGAGCGGCGACUUGAAGCUGGCAGACUUUGGUAUGGCCACUAUGUUCGAAUACAAGGGCCAACGGAAGCUUAGCGCUACCAUGUGUGGAAGCCCACCAUACAUUGCCCCUGAAGUACUGGAAACAGCAAGGUCGGACCAACGGGCCAUACAAUCAAGGUACUCACCGGACCUUGUUGACAUAUGGUCCUGUGGCGUCAUUCUAUUUGUGCUUCUCGCAGGUAAUACGCCAUGGGACGAACCCACCAAGGGAAGCUGGGAGUUUCAAGAGUAUAUCCGGACGGAUGGGCGCAGCACAGAUAGUCUUUGGCAAAGAAUACCCUCGGAGGCGCUAUCGCUGCUACGAGGGAUGAUGAACGUUGACCCUCGCAAGCGUUUCUCAUUCACCAAGAUCCGCCAACAUCCAUGGUACACGCAGCACAAUAGCCUCUUGACUGCCGAUGGUAGAGUCUCAGACCCUAUUCAUCUCGCAACGCAGAUGAUGAAGAACCUGCACAUUGAUCUCUCUCAGGCCCCCGCACCGUCACAAAGGCAAAGCCAAGACGAUACGAUGGACGUUGAUGGAGGGUCAGACACCUGGGCGGCCAAAUUCUCUGCUACACAACCCGAGACGCCCACCAUCACCGAUGCGCUCUUCGACUGGGAGAGGCCAAGCCUGCGUACUUUGGGCGCCUUCGAGGUGUCUUCAACCCAGCCUGUGCGCAGGGGCAUGAGCUCGGGGGCUUCCACAACGGCGAACCGCGCGCGUGCGGCAGACGUGUACGAUAUACUCAGCGAGACUGAGCCGUCCAUGAGCCAGUUUGCCUCAACGCCGGGUGUGCCCAUGAGCCUGACGCAACGCGCGAACCGCUUCCAUGACAUCGUCCCGUCGUACUCGCUUACCCGAUUUUUCUCACACAUUCCGCCGGCUCUGCUCAUACAGAUGCUGAGUGACGCUCUACACCAGCUCAACAUCCCGCAGCCACCAGCGCCCCGGCCAGUAGACGGCGACCACAUCGCUCUACUCAAGGUAAAGGGCGUGGAUACUCGCAACCAGGGCCUACAUGGUGAUGUCAUGAUAGAUAAGAUAGUCUUUGAAGGGGAUCAUGAACUGUUAGAGGUCAGGUUUGUCAAGGUCAAGGGCGAUCCGCUUGAGUGGCGUCGUCUAUUCAAGAAGGUUGCACUGUUAUGCAAGGAUGCCAUCUUCAACAGCGAUGCAUAGGGCGCAUCAACUGUUCGUACUCGAACCAUUGCUCCGUGACAAAGCUAACGACCUAGACCUUGUAGUUUAGUUUACGGAGUGUUCGGCGUGAUCCGGUGGCUCAUGUACAAAGAUCAAGCUCAUUGGGUUGGCAUUCGUUAAAUAAAUGCUAUCUCAUCGGGCGUCGGCUAGCUAAAGUUUGGAAACUGGACCAUCUUGCUAUGUGUGCAGGCAAAGAUAGUGACAAGUAGUCUUUCACACCACAAAACGCACGCCAGAUUUUUCUAGGCGAAUAAGAAACCAGAUUCCUGUUGAGA